AGGUCGGAGUGCGAGCCGGCUCCCGGCCGGGCUCCUGUGCUCCGGGCAAGGCUCCUCCGGGAGGAGGACGCAGCCCGGGGCCAGGCGUGGAGCGUGGCGUCCUCCCUCGACUUCUCCCCUUCGCCGGCUCCGUGCGUCCCGGGCGAGGACACGACACCGGCGGCCGCGUCACCUGGAAGCCCCUCUCUGUCCUCUUCUCCGCUGUGUCUAAGCCCCGAAUGAAAGUCUCCCCGUUCAGGGUUGCUGGCUUCCGCGGUGGAAGAAGCUCUUGCUCACCGCCCUCUCUCCUCGCAGCCCCUCUCCAAGCGCCGUAAAACACAGGCUCCUUCGCGCCCCUUCCCGCGCCUCCCGCGGACGGACCGCCGGGCGGAGAGUCGUCCUUAUGCAGACAAUGGCAGCAGCGGCAAGCUGAAGGUUGUACGGUGGUUAGAGGAAACUGGUGCGUGGAGGUGACGAGGGGGCCACAGCUUUCUGUGGCCUGAAUCUGACGACCGAGUCGAGUCGAGGGGAGAGCCUGAGUUUUUCCUCUAGCACCCCCACACCCCCGUUUAGAACUCUUCUGAAAGAAAGAUUGAAAGCAUCAUGGGACAUGUUACCAUUGCUGGAUGCCUGGGAACUUUAAGAAACUUGGUGGUAUGAGAGGCAUUCUGGACAGCUGCGGGAUGUUACCUGGACCCAGAGCGCUAACUGACCCAGACUCUCUUUAAUUCUCAAUGAGCCAUUCUGCCUUUCAAGAUGCCUUUUUACAUCUGACAAAUCCAGACUGGCAACUCUUCAGGCUCUGACAGAAGAAAGACUGGAGGGAAAAUCAUUGGGGUUUGCAGUCUAGAAGAUUGCCUUUAAUGAGGAAGAGUUUCUGAUUAUCAUUUGAAAUGCUGAGGAAUUUGUUACGAAGGAGACUUUUUUCUUAUCCCACUAAAUACUACUUUAUGGUUCUUGUUUUAUCCCUAGUUACAUUCACUGUCUUAAGAAUUCAUCAGAAGCUUGAAUUUGUAAGCCUCAGACACUUGGAACUUGAUGGAGAAAAUCUUAGUAAUAAUAUUAAUUGCACCAAAAUUUUACAGGGUGAUGCAGAUGAAAUCCAGAAGGUGAAGCUUGAAAUGCUAACAGCAAAAUUUAGAAAACGCCCUCGGUGGACACCAUCUGACUAUAUCAACAUGACCAGUGACUGUACCUCUUUCAUCAAGAUGCGCAAAUACAUCAUGGAACCCCUUGGUAAAGAGGAGGCAGGCUUCCCAAUUGCAUAUUCCAUAGUGGUUCAUCAUAAAAUUGAAAUGCUUGACAGGCUCCUAAGGGCCAUUUAUAUGCCUCAGAAUUUCUACUGCAUCCAUGUGGACAGAAAAUCAGAGGACUCUUUUAUAGCUGCAGUGAAGGGCAUUGCAUCCUGUUUCAGGAAUGUCUUUGUGGCCAGUCAGCUGGAGAGUGUGGUCUAUGCUUCGUGGAGUCGAGUUCAGGCUGACCUCAACUGCAUGAAGGACCUCUACAGAAGGAGCACAGAGUGGAAGUACUUGAUCAAUCUUUGUGGGAUGGAUUUUCCUAUUAAAACCAACCUGGAAAUUGUCAGGAAGCUCAAGUCGUUCAUGGGUGAAAACAACCUGGAAACAGAGAAGAUGCCAUCUCAUAAAGCAGAAAGGUGGAAAAAACAUUAUGAAAUCAUCGAUGGAAGGCUAAUGGACACCAGGAACCCCAAAACACAGCCUCCUCUCAAAACACCUCUUUUCUCAGGCAGUGCCUAUUUUGUGGUCAGUAGGGAGUAUGUGGGCUACGUGCUAGAAAAUGAAGACAUCCAGAAGUUCAUGGAGUGGGCGAAAGACACGUACAGCCCAGAUGAGUAUCUCUGGGCCACCAUCCAAAGGAUCCCCGAGGCCCCGGGCUCUCUACCCUUGAGCCACAAGUAUGACCUGUCUGACAUGCAGGCUGUUGCCAGGUUUGUCAAGUGGCAAUACUUUGAAGGUGAUGUUAACAAGGGCGCACCCUAUCCACCCUGUGAUGGUGUCCAUGUGCGCAGCGUGUGUGUUUUUGGAGCUGGUGACUUAACCUCGAUGUUACGCAAACACCACUUUUUUGCCAAUAAGUUCGAUGUUGAUGUCGAUGUCUUUGCCAUCCAGUGUUUGGAUGAGCAUCUGAGGCAUAAAGCCCUGGAGAUGUUAGAACGCUGACCACUGCAGGUAAUCCAAGGAGUGACAAGGAUGCACAAAUGGUACCCCUGACUGUCUCCUUGGCCCUGCAGGAAGCAUCAGAACUUUACGGAGUCCUCUCUGGGGUGAGGACUCAAGACUUCAUGAUUUCUGCAGGGCACAAUCAGUUAGAGAGGUGUCAAUGAUAAAUGUUCAUCCAUGGUCAGUGGGAGGAAGCAGUUAAGGUGACUGAGAGCCCAAGGGAGGUAGCAAGAUAUUGGGGAGAGAGGGAACAGGCUGGCUGGAGAAGAAGACCAUGUGGAAAUCAGCCUCAGGGACUGUUACAAAGCUCAGGGAUUUAACAUAGUGAGAAGUUUUGACUUGUGCCAAAAUUAUUUUGAGAAUUUAAAAUACAACAGUUUUCAUGAUCUGAAUAAAUUUAUAGCAACAAACCAUCAUAAGGGUGUUAUUUUUCUCAUAUAUUUGAUUUUAUUCUAAAUGACUCUUGUAAAUACCUUCUGCUGUGUCAUUGUGUUAGUAUGGCUGUAUAUCAUCUCAGGGAACUUAGUGUUAUUUAACAUGUAUUCUCUCUUAUUUUUGCUUAUAACAAUGCAUGUAUGUUUUCAAAAGCAAAAGAAUUGACAGUUUCUAGCCUAGUUGAUUUAUAUGAAUCAUCUUUGGAUAUUAAAGAUGCAAAGAAUCAUCUGGGUGCAGUGGCUUGUACCUGUAGUUCCAGCUACUCAAGAGGCUGAGGCGGGAGGAUUGUUUGAGCUGUGAAGACUGAAUUACGUCCCCAGAGCCCCUUUUAAAAUUUUGUUUUUUGAGAAAGGAUCUUGUUCAAUUGCCCAGUCUGGGUUUAAAUUUAUAAUCCCCCCACUUGGCUCUCCCAAAGUAGGGAUUACAUGGGCCACUAGGCCCACCUCAAGUUACCUUUUUUGUUGUUGUUUCUACAAAGAGUAGCACUCAAUUUUUUCAGAUAUUACUUUCUAUAUCCUUUCCCUUCACCUCUCAGACCUUGCUAUCAAGUUGUAUAACAAUUCACUUCUUUAGGCCCCUCUUUCACUGUCUUGGUUCUCUGAGGUGAGCCAGCGGCCAGUAAUUCAUACAGAGAACUUAGAAAGGGUGAGGCAGGUCUGGGGUGACCGCUGCUGAGGCGCAUGAGAAGUUUUUUUUACGACUAGCAGUUGGCAGUGUCCCCAGAAAUUAAUACUUCUACUCAGUGGGGCCCUGGUGUCCAGCCACCAAUGGGGGUGCUGCCUAGUGAUGAGAGUACCUUUGUUUGAAAGGACCUGGCUCUCACCUUGUCUGCCCAUUGGUUGUUCCUUAGCCUAUUGUAAAUUUCUUCCUGUCAGGGGACUUUGUUUCAGACGGGUUCUUCCACUGUUGAUAUUAUUCACUCUGUAUGGUUCUUAUUCUCUGCAUUUUCAUCCAAAGACAGAAGAUUUGGGGUUAGUAUAGUGCUGACUUCCAUCUCAAAGUAAAUGAAGGUUACAAAAAUUUCUUAUUAUUUUGCUAGGUCCAUACUGUCCAGCCAAAGAUCUAAUAGGAAUGAUGAAGCCUUGUCUUUUAGCAUUCGACUUUAAACAGGAAUCAAACCUGUGAAACUUUAUUUUAAAAAUCCAGCCAACUUAAGCAGCCCAUGAGAAAUUCAUAUCAAACAGUAUUAAGGCUUCAAUUGAGAAAGUAUUUUUAUUUCUCAAAGUUAGAAACAAUUUCCAUCUUCUUGAGAGAUGUCUUUUUAAAAACCUUUACUGUCGUUCGUAAAGGUGGGAUAAACUGUUUUGUGUGAUGAGUGAGGAAGCCAGUGAUGAGCCACAGGAAAAUGUCUUGGCAAACUCCAGGUGAGGUUGGUGAGGGCAGUGCCUGCAUUGUGGUCUGGCCACUGGCUUUUAAAACAAAGUUUCCUUUUAGUGCCUGUUCAAUAGUUCUCCCAUUUUUCCUUUAAUAGAAAAGUUUUUACCUCUAUGUUUUUUACCUCUAAAUUUACCUCUAAGUUUCUACCUCUAAUCUCUGUGAUAGAGAUUUUUUUCUCCCUGAAAUCAGUGCUGUUUGAUAACAUGUACUUUGUGCAUAUGACAUAACAGUUUUUUCAUUUUUUAUUUUGAAAAUUUGCAAAAAAACAGUAAUACAGUGAACACACCUUUGCACACCAUCUACAAACCCAAACACAUUCUUACCUGGAGUUACCAGUUGCUAACCAUUGGGCUCAUUGACUUUGAGUUGUAUAUAAUUUUGAAUUUAGAAAAAUUGAAAAAUUUAACAUUUAAAAAAUUACAACUAUACAAAGUUAUUCAGCUCAAAAUUGUUAUAGUGUGACUGCAUCUGACUUGCAUUUAAGUUGGUAGCUUUUGAGGCUUUUUUCCCAGCAUAGAUACAAAAAUAGGAUUUUCAAAUCCAGUUCCCUAAACCCUACGUUAAAACUGUGAAUCCCGUCUUUUAGGUAGCUGUGACACCUCUUCUUUCUCAAAAGACACCUGUGGAAAUGGGUCUGAUGUUGCCCUCACGCUCAUCCCUGCUGCAGGCAUAUACAGGGUCUGGUGUUGGGACUCAAAGGGCCUUAUAAAAAGAGUGGGUGAAAUCAAAGCCAGUGGUGUGCUCAGGAGAAACAAAACUCAUGUUCUCUGAGGAUAUAUACAAAUUACUUAAAUUUAUAUAUGUUAGGUACUAAACACUGACAUUCUUUGUACGGUCAAGGACUUUUAUAGGGAAUUUUUAGGAUUCAUAUUCACAAAUAAAAUUAGAAUUUCUUAUUCAUGAACUGAAAUUGUAUGAUGGAAGGAUGGCAGUUAAUCAGCGAGUCAUGAUUUAUGUAUUAUUUAUUAAGGAUAAGAGUUAACAAAAGAAAAUAAUUUUCCAGGCAAUUAAUUACCUAGGUUCCUCCCAGACCAUGGUGAACAGCCAGGCAGUGUUGAAAAUGUGGACUAUUAUCCUUCCUAAACAUGCAUUUGUGUCAUUCAUCAAGUACAUUUUACUUAAGGGAAAUGACAUAAAUAGACUUUUUUCUUGUGAUUUGGGUAGGAAAAGGCCAUGUUUGAUUUGGAGGGUUAAUUGAACUUGACUUUUUCAGUUGCUCAGAAAAAUAAUCACUUCUCGUUAUGUUAAAUACAAAAUAAAUGCAACACUAUUUCAUGGCAAACAUAGUUCCCGUUGAUUUUACCCAUUUGAACAUAGGCUGAUUCAGUUAGAAGCUGUUUUAUCGCCAUUAAAAUAAGC